AUGGGGGCCAAGCAACCCAGGGCGGACUCAGACGACGAGGAAAUGGACGACAUGGACGAAGAACAGGAGCAAUUCGAUAAAAGCAGGUCAAUGGAAACGGAGGAGCAACCACGCGAUAAUAAGCAAGGUGAGACUUAUUCAUGGCGAAGGCUCGGUGAGCGGUUGUUAGCAUCCAUCAACCGUAAAGAUGAGGAAAUCUUACAGAGCAAGUGCGAUCUGCGUCAAGAGUGGCCGCCGAGGAACGAUGGGCCACAGAAGCACCGGAGGCGGGACUCGCAAGGAGAAUCGGACGAUGGUGCGACAGGAUCUUCACGAUGCGAGAUGAUGAGUGAGUCGCAGUUCUCUUUAAGUAGGAGAAUAGACCCGUCGGCCAAUGUGAACCCUUCGUCCGAGAUGUGGGAGGUUGUCAAAGCAAUUUUGAAAGCCCAGGCGGCUGUGAAUGUAGAGAAAUACACAGGGAAAAAUUCUCUGAGUGACUUCCUGAGGACCUUUGACAUCAAAUACCCACGGAAAUCCUGGAGUAACCGGGAGCGGCGCGACAUAUUGGUGACACUAUUGGAUGGUCCGGCAAAGCUAAUGUAUAGCAAUUUACCCAAAGGGGUACAGGAAGGAUCGUUCGAGGAUGUAGUGGAGGCGCUGGAAAAGUCCAGGCGGGACCCAUGCAGGAAGCUUAAGAAGGUAGAGGAGUGGGAUAAGCUCCGUAAAAGGGACAACGAAACGGUAGAGGAAUUUUGCUAUAAAAUGGAAAGGAUUUCAAGGGAGAUCCACAGCGACAGUGACCGAGAUUUUCUUUUGGGCUCCAAACUACAGACUUGCCUUUCC